AUGGCUUCAUCCUCCUCCAAUGUUGACGGCGACUCCAAUCACCAACAGCAGCCGCAACACCAAGUGUUCAUAAACUUCCGAGGUGUUCAGCUGAGACUAAACUUCAUGAGUCAUCUGAGGAAAGCCUUGGAGAGGCAUGGAAUCAACAUGUUCAUAGACACUCAAGAGCUGAUGGGAAAAGAUCUGGAAAACCUUUUGCAGAGGAUAAAGGAGUCGAAGAUUGCGAUAGUGGUCAUGUCAAGCAGAUAUACGGAGUCAAAAUGGUGCCUAAAUGAGCUGGUAAAGAUCAAAGAGUGUGUGGAGGCAGGAACCUUGGUGGUAUUUCCAGUGUUCUACAAGGUGGAUGUUCGAACUCUGAGGGAACAGAGAGGAACGUUUGGUGAUAAUUUUAGAGAGUUAGUGAAGCUUCAUCCUGAGAGAGAGGAGCCAUGGAAACAGGCUCUAAAGUUUUUGGCCAACAAAACUGGCAAGAAGGCGGCUGUGGCUGCGGCAGUGGCAGCAACUGUGUCUACGUUUUAA